UUCGUGUCCAAGGAGGCGUCACUGCCGGGCAGAUCAUCCCCGGCGGAGAUGAAUACGCGAGAAGGGGGGCCGUGGGAGGGGGGUGGUGCAGAGGAGGAGGAGGAGAGGAAGGGAGCAGCCAGGACUCUCGCUCCCAGCAUCACCCGACAGCAGCACGAGAAGGAGGAGCGAGUGAGUUGAGCCGCCAACCAGGAUGUUCGCGCGUCGGUCAGGGGCACAGACUCUUCAUCUCGUGCACAAGGAAGCAGCCCCGGUGUGGAUCGCGCGCGCAACCCCCCCCCCUCCCUCCCUAGGACGAGACGCGCCGGUAAAAUGGUCCGGCUGUAGGUGCUGCUGCGCUUGGCGGGGCCGUUUUAAUGAGGGGGAGAUCUGGCACUGUGGCCACGAAGCCGAGCCAAUGCUGCGCCUCCGUCUGCCCGGAGCUGCCAAGGCUCAACAGCAGCAGCAACACCAAUCCAGCGAAAUCCAGUGCACAGUCCGCCUCCUGGACAAUUCAGAACUCAUCUGCUUCAUACAGCGGGAUGCAAAGGGGCGCUUCUUGAUGGACCACGUGUGCAACCAUCUCGACCUACUGGAGCGCGACUACUUUGGAAUUCGCUUCGUCGACCCUGACAAGCAGCGGCAUUGGCUUGAUCCUAAAAAAUCGAUCGUGAGACAAAUGAAAUGCCAGCCACCGUUUACUAUGUGCUUCCGAGUAAAGUUUUACCCUCAGGAGCCAUCAAAAGUCAGAGAAGAAAUCACAAGGUACCAGCUGUACCUUCAGAUCAAGCGCGAUGUUGUCCACGGGCGCCUGCUGUGCCCCACAUCUGAGGCCGCCUGGCUGGGAGCCUGCAUCCUGCAAGCCGAGUUGGGAGACUACAACCCGUUGGAUCACCACGAUGGAUACGUCUCGGCCAUGCAGCUCUUCCCGCGUCUCUCACAAAAGCUGGAGGCAAGAGUGGCCGAGAUUCACCGCCACGAGCUGAGAGGCCAGACUCCGGCUGUGGCCGAAAUCAAUUUCUUGAUAAGGGCCCAAGGUUUGGACACGUACACAGUGGACCCUCAUCCCUGUAAGGAUCCUUCUGGAGCCACGGUCUUCCUUGGCUUCACCCCCGCAGGGUUCGUCGGGUUUCAAGGGAACAAGCGAGUACAACUGCUUAAGUGGAUGGACGUCGGCAAGCUGAAAUAUGAAGGAAAGAGCUUUUAUAUUCAUGGUGUGCAAAAUAGGAAGACUGUGUUGACAUACCAUGCACCAACUCCGUCUGCCUGCAAGCACCUCUGGAAGUGUGGCGUGGAAAAUCAGGCUUUUUACAAGUUUGAGAAAUCAUGUGAGAUCAAAACAGUCCUGAGCAGUAACCUAUUCUUCCGGGGGUCCAGGUUCAGAUACAGAGGCAGGGUUGCCAAGGAGGUCAUAGAGGCAAGUGCCAGAAUUCAGCGCAAGUCUCCAGAGGUGCAGCGCUCCAUAGGGAAGAGCAGGAGCAGCCUCUCCUUUUCCCAGCAGAGUGUGUCCACCUGCACGACCCAGCAUGCCCCGUCUGAGUUUGCUGACUGCUCCUUCCUACAAGGCUUAUCGGCAUUGAAAGCAGACGCACAUUCGACACCAAUGCCAGGCUCAAGCUCCAAACAGGAUCCAAGGUGUGCGGUGGAUGUAGGGUCAAGACUUGGCCCGGCCUUGAGUGGACAGUCACGAGCCAUAACGUGGUCAGGCUCAGGAUGUGGCAGACACCCGAGGUCACAGUCGCGGGCCGAGGUUUGGCCAGGCGGCUGCUUGGGGCUUUUGGAAGACCGUGAGGAUGCGGGUGGUGGUGAGCAGCCGCUAAUCAUCGCCGACCUGACCUACAGCCCGACCUCCAGCACCAUGCCGACGCCUGUGGAGGAUACCGUCACCAUAGACAGCAUCUUCGCGUGCAACAACAAGUACAGGGAGCCGGACACAGAGUCCACCUGCGAGGGGUCGGACUUCGAGCCGACCUCGUUGCUGGUCAUGACGGACGAUGACGACGACGACGACGAUGAAGAUGGCGUUGGCGACGACUCCGAGGAGGACGCGGGCUGGCAGGGCGACCGACUGGAGCUGCUGGGCACGCGCCUUCUUGGCGGCGCGGCACGGCGCGGUGCGGCGUGCGCGUGCGGCACGGCCCGGCUCCUGCUGGCGCUCGCCGCCUCCCUGGGCCUGUUACUGCUGCUGCUCGAGGCCGGCCUGGACGCCGCGCCACUGCGCGAGAUCCGGCAGACUCCCGAGUUCCAGCAGCUGCAUCGCGAGUACCUGAGCCCGCUACGUCGAUGGCUGUCCACCCGGCUGCAGCCCUCCAGCCCCGAGGUCGACUACUGAAGAACCGCCUCGUUCGCUCAGAUUGAUCACGAAGAAGGGUGGGGGUGGGCGUGGCCGGAGGAGAAGCUAAAUGAUAAUUUCAUUCAAAAUAAAAAAAAUGAGCAUUAAGUGCUCUGCUUCACAGGGUUAGUCGGCAUGGUGAAAUAAACGGAGCGUUUUCACCCUCUGCUAUUUAUUUUGUAAAUACAUACCGUGAGUAUCAACAAAAACAGUAUAGUCACUGUGGCUUAUAAAUAUAUCAUGAAUACAUACAUGUAUAAUAACGCUAAAAAAAUGACAUAUCAUGACUCUGGAUAUUCCUAAAAACAGAUGAUAAAAUAAUAUGUAAUUCCUUUCAGUUAAAUAAUUUGUGUAUUUUUUCACAUUUCAGUAAAGAGAACGUUGCAUUAUGGGUGACGCAUCAUCAGUUUAAUUUGUGAUAUAUGCAAAAUGUUAUUAUUUUUGCCGUUCAUUUAGAGUUUUUGGAAGACAUGAUCUCCAAUAAUAUACAUGAGUUGAGGCUCUUAUACAGUGAGGGAAAAAAGUAUUUGAUCCCCUGCUGAUUUUGUACGUUUGCCCACUGACAAAGAAAUUAUCAGUCUAUAAUUUUAAUGGUAGAUUUAUUUGAACAGUGAGAGACAGAAUAACAACAACAAAAAUCCAUAAAACGCAUGUCAAAAAUGUUAUAAAUUGAUUUGCAUUUUAAUGAGGGAAAUAAGUAUUUGACCCCUCUGCAAAACAUGACUUAGUACUUGGGGGCAAAACCCUUGGUGGCAAUCGCAGAGGUCAGACGUUUGUUGUAGUUGGCCACCAGGUUUGCACAUAUCUCAGGAGGGAUUUUGUCCCACUCCUCUUUGCAGAUCUUCUCCAAGUCAUUUAGGUUUCGAGGCUGACAUUUGGCAA